AUGGCUCUGAUAUUGGAUCAACAAUCAAACUUCAAGCACUUUUGUAAGAUUUGCAAGAAAGGUUUUGGCUGUGGAAGAGCUUUGGGAGGACACAUGAGGGCUCAUGGCAUAGGAGAUGAAGGUGGUCAAAUGGAUGAUGAUGAUCAAGCUAGUGAUUGGGAAGAUAGGUUAGGUGGGAAUGUGCCACCAAGCAACAAACGCAUGUAUGCUUUGAGAACAAACCCUAAUAGGCUAAAGAGUUGUAGGGUAUGUGAAAAUUGUGGCAAGGAGUUUUUGUCGUGGAAAUCUUUCCUUGAACAUGGAAAAUGCACCUCCGAGGAUGCUGACUCCUUUGUCUCCUCUCCGGGUUCCGACGCCGAUGACGGUGGCAUCGCUGGUGGCGACCGAAGAGGAUGUGGAUGGUCCAAAAGAAAAAGGUCUUUGAGAACUAAGGUUGGUAGCUUCAAUUACAAUUGCCCAUCCAGCGAGGAAGAAGACCUAGCAAAUUGUUUAAUAAUGUUGUCCAAUGGCACUGUAGAUCCUCUUGCGCCCGAGCCUGAAGAAUCCUGUGCAUCCGCUAGCAAGGAGGAAGAACAACGGCGAAAUCCUAUGAAUUUCAUUGCACCAUUGUCGUACAAAGUUAAUAAUAACAACAACAACAAUAUUCACAACAUGAACAACCUUGUUGACAACAAGGCCAAAGGGAUUGCCAAGGGUUUGUUCGAAUGCAAAGCAUGCAAGAAGGUUUUCAAUUCACAUCAAGCGUUGGGUGGCCAUAGGGCAAGCCACAAAAAGGUUAAGGGUUGUUUUGCUGCAAGACUAGACAACCUUGACGACAAUCUCAUCACCGACGAUGAUGUAAUCACACACGAAGAACUCUUCCCCACAAAAUCAAACUCCACCCUCCAAUUCGAGCAUGGCUCCAACCCCACGUUGCCCUCAUCUUCUUCCUCCAAGAGAAAAUCGAAAGUUCAUGAAUGUUCAAUUUGCCAUAGGAGUUUCUCUUCGGGACAAGCUCUUGGAGGACACAAAAGGUGUCAUUGGAUCACAUCAAAUGCACCCGACACCUCGACGUUAACGAGAUUUCAACAAUUUCACGACCACUUGGAUCAAAUACCCAAGUUUGACACCUCUUCUGAGCCUCUUGAUCUAAAGUUAGACCUUAACCUUCCUGCACCUUCCAAUGACCUUGCAAGAAGGAAUGUUUCUACAGAAAUUUACUUGCAGCCUUGGGUUACAUCAAAGGAUGUUAAAGAUGAUAACAAUACCCAAUGUCAAAGUCUCCAUAUCAAUAACAACAAUGUUGACAUUGACAACAACAACGACGAAGACAAAAACACAAAUAACCCAAUGCAAAAUGUGGAUAAUGAGAAUGAUAAUAAGAUCAAGUUGGCCAAACUAAGUGAGCUAAAAGAUAUGAACGUUGGAGGCACUUCUUCACCAUGGUUGCAGGUGGGAAUCGGUUCGGCUGCCACUGACGUCACAACUGAUAACUCCUGA